GUACGUCCCUACCUUGUCCAUUUGAAGCGCAUGAUAAAAAGACCCAAUGUGCUAAAAUCAUUGUCACUGCAUUCAAAAUCCAAGCUUAGUAAAGUUAACUCUUUAGAAAUGACAGAGACUUGGAAUCAUGCAGCUCUAAUUGUAAUUGGCAUGCAGAAAGAUUUUAUACAUGAAGAGAGUCCUGUAAGAAUAAAAGGAGGGAAAGAUAUUGUUCCAAACGUGAUUAAGGCCGUGGAAAUUGCUAGACAGCGUGGAAUUCUCGUUGUUUGGGUAGUACGGGAACACGAUCCAUUGGGAAGAGAUGUUGAACUCUUUCGCCGAGAGCGAUAUACUGCAGGGAAAGUUGGUCCUUCCUGUAUAGGAAGCAAAGGUGCAGAGUUAGUUGAUGGACUGGUCUUUAAAGAAGGAGAUUAUAAACUUGUCAAGACAAGGUUUAGUGCAUUCUUUUCUACACAUCUUCAUUCAGUCCUUCAAGGAGCAGGGAUCAAUACAUUGGUAGUCACAGGUGUUCAAACUCCAAACUGUAUAAGGCAAACUGUGUUUGAUGCUGUAGCAUUGGACUAUCAACAUGUGACUGUUCUUGUUGACGCUACUGCAGCAGCCACACCUGAUAUUCAUCUUGCCAAUGUGUUUGACAUAAAAAAUAUUGGAGUUGCAACACCAACAGUACAAGAAUGGAGUGGAAUAAAAGCUUGAUCUGUAUGGACCAUGCAUUAUGCAACUUUUAGCACCAUGUGUUGUGUUGCUCAUUUUCAAGGUUCAAAAGGGUUGAUAUCUUUUGGAUAGCUAUUAAACUGGAAAAUGAAAUAAAAUUAUGUAUGCUACUUUAAUUGGUUGCCAUUGUUAGCUAUGGUUUGUUUUGGGUUUACUCUUUUUAAAUUAGUUUGCUAUAAUAAUAAGACCUAUUUAGAUAUUCUGUUUCAGCCACUAUGUUGUAGGCUUAAAACGUGUAGUUUGUGUUUUUUCUUAAAUUGUGUAAUGCUUGUUAAAUAGUUGUUGCUUUAUUCAAUGGUA